GUUUGUGCACAUUUGAUAAUGGUUUUUGUGGACUGAAGCAUGACAAUGCUACUGAUCUUCGAUGGACGAUUGGUACGAGUAGUACGCCGUCAGAUCACACUGGACCAAUGUUUGAUCAUUCGACUUGGGACCAGCAGGGCUCUUACAUAUUCAUCGAGGCAUCUCAAAGGCGCGUAGGAGACAAGGCACGUCUCUCUAGUGACUGGAUGAGUCCUGGCUCAUCUGUUUGUUUGCAGUUUUGGUAUCACAUGUACGGUAUUCAUAUUGGCGCAUUAAAUAUCAUUACAAAGACAUCUAACAGCAAGGAAAGUGUAAUAUGGUCACGGACGGGAAACCAAGGUGAAAGAUGGUUAUUUGGCCAAGUAGGAAUAAACAUUACCGGAGAAUUCCAGUUUAUAAUCGAAGGAGUGAGAGGUUCUGGGAGCAAAGGUGAUAUUGCUCUAGAUGACGUCACACUUCUAGAAGGAUAUUGUACUAAAGUUGUUGAUCCAGUGAGCCCAGACUGUGCUUUUGAGGAAGACACAUGCCAUUGGCAUAAUGAUGGGUAUUGGUUAAUACAAAAUGUCAACGAUGGCCACAUCAGGCAGAACGGCGAUCGAGGUAGAUAUUUAGAGCUCAAAGACAAAACUUCAGGACAACUCCAUAGUAUAACUUCCGCUGAUUUGGGGAAUAACACUUGGUCAUGUCUGCGAUUCUGGUAUUUCAUUGGUCUUGGCUACUCAGCAAAUCUGGGUGUUGGCAUUGUUGGACAUGGAUACUGGAGUUUAUGGUCAACUUCCAAAAGUUCUGAUGGAUGGACUUAUGUCCAAGUUCCAUUGAAUAAAGUCAAUUCUAGUUAUAAGGUUACAAUUCAAGGCUCAUCGACAGGUCCAGUAGUUGCAGUAGACGACCUAUCCUUAUCAGAAGUGUCAUGUCAUCAUAUUCCUCAUUCUACUUACAAAAGUUUCAUUCCGCCUCCUGUGCCAAAAUGCAUUCAAUCCCUUGGAAUGCAGAAUUUCAAAAUCCCGGAUUCAAAAAUCACAGCUUCGUCAUUUUAUAGAUACAGAACAGCACCUCGACGGGGACGACUUUUCCUUGCAGACCAUUACAGCUCGACUAUCUACACUGGAGGGUGGUGUAGGGGUUCUUCAAGCGGCUAUCAAUGGCUUAUGGUUGACUUGGGACAAGAUAUGUAUGUCACAAUGGUUGCAACUCAAGGAAAACAGGAACUAGACUUUUGGGUUGAGACCUAUUAUCUGCGUUAUGCGAAACAAGGAGGAAGCUUGCAGUGGUAUUACAAGAACGGGAAACCUCAUCGAUUCAAUGGUAACUCUGACAGACACACUCCAGUCUAUAACCACUUGGACCCUGUUAUUGUGGCCCGUUAUAUAAGAAUAUAUCCAUGGGCGUAUCAUGGCCUAAAAUGUUUAAGGGUGGACUACUUUGGAUGUCCUGUAGAAGAAAAAGACAAUGCAUCAAAAUGCGACUUUUCUCUUGGGAUCCAAAGGGGGCGGAUCCCAGACGCGUCACUCACUGCUUCCUCGUCUCUAGACUCUCCACAUCGUGCUCGUCUGUAUACGGUCGAGGAAGGAGGUAGAUUAGGGGCAUGGAUUCCCGAACGUGAAGAUAACAAUCCAUGGCUCCAAAUAGAUUUUGGGACCGUAGUCAUGGUGACUAAGAUUGCAACACAAGGAAGGCAUGGCAAUUUUGGAGAAAAUGAUCAUUUUGUCACAAGUUACAGUGUUUCUUAUAGUCAGACUGGGAUAACCUUUGACUGGUACAGAAUCAAUGGGAAUAUGAAGGUCUAUCAAGGUAAUAAAGAUAGGGCGGCUGUAGUUUAUAAUGAAAUUAAUCCAAGUCUCAUUGGAAGAUACGUGAGAAUACAUCCCAUCACCUGGCAUAUUCGUCCUGCUAUUAGACUCGACAUGUAUGGCUGUGUGGCAGUCAAGAAUGAUAUCGCAAAGAUACAAAACCUCGGUUGUUUCAAAGACUCAAGUCCAGCUGCUAUUCCAUCUUUGGAAAACAUCGACAAAGUGCUUGAAGGAAACUAUUACGAAAGGUCCGGCGCCAUCUUGAGAUGUGCAGAGGCAGCAUACAAACGAGGCUUUGACGUAUUUGCUAUUCAGAAUGGCAAAUGCUUGAGCAGCUCCACGGCGAAUACCUCAUUUGCCAAAUAUGGAAAAACAUCGGCGUGUGGCAUCGAUGGACGAGGAGGAGUGUUAGCCAAUGAAGUUUACCGAAUUAUAAGAAACUGUGAAAAGAAUGAGGAGCUUUGCACCUGGAAUAAAUUCGGAAACCAAAAUAGCAAUUAUUCUUUGAUGUCGAGGAACAAGCCAAAUGUUACACGAGAACUUAAAGACAGAAUUGUGAGAAUCAAUCACGGUGAUCUGACACCUGAUUUGACCUUCAAGGAAACAGUAGUACAUUUUAGUAAUGGUGCUCAAAUGACAUCUCAUAUAAUGUUCCAUUCAACAACAUCAUUUUCAUUGUGUUUCUGGACAAAGUGCACACUUCCUGGAAUUGUCAUAGCACUCGAAAUAUCUGGUAAACCCUCCAUUUUGAUUACACAGGAAUACUGCAAAUUUCAAAUAUACAUUCUUGGAAGCACGGCGACCGCUGACCAGUGCAUAUGUGAUGACCGCUGGCACCAUGUUUGCUUUACGUGGAAAUCUCAGGGAGGUGUAUGGGAAAUGUACCUUGAUGGACGACUUGGAAGUUUUGGUAGAUGGCUGAGUGGACUUAAGACAUUACCUGCCCUCGACAAGAUGAUCGUAAGCUACCACAUUAGCUAUUCCAAUGCAUCAUAUAAGCAGCUGCAACUUACAGAGGUUAAUGUCUGGACCGAAACAUCAUCUCCACAAGAGAUAUUGCGCAUGUCCUAUGGGUGUGGUGGAAAUGGGCUACAUGGUGACGUCAUCUCGUGGAAGAAAUUGCAAACGACCAUGACUGGCAACUAUUAUCUGAGCAGAAAUUCAUCGUGUUUCUUUGAGAAAGAGGGGAUAAUUUUGGACUCAUCGCAAAGCACUAAAAUUGUGAGUCCAUGGAUCGAUCGGUCAGAUCAAGAAUACGGCAAGUGCAUGCGAUUUCGUUAUUUGAUUCAUGGACAAGGCUCCAGUGUUCAGAUAUUUCAGUCAGUUUUUGGUGAUGAAAUGGCAAAAAAGACAGUAUGGACGGAUAGAAAUAGCACGAAAGCAGUCUGGUAUUAUGGACAAAUUUCUAUCGCAGCAGUGUCCAAGACACAGAUAACAGUACAAGCUCAGUUUACCGAAAACGCAAGUGAUUUCGCGGCUAUUGGUGGAGUUUAUUUCACAGAUGGAUACUGCAAGACUUGGCCGAGUCGGGCAGAUGAAGCCCAAACCGAGGAUAUGUCUUGUAAUAAGAACCAAGAUGUUUGUCCAACAAGCUGCCAAUGUUUUCAGUCAUCGGGAAAUACCAAGCGUCUAGUGGUUCAAGGUGACUCACUCUUGACUGUACCAAGAAAUAUACCGAAACAAAGCGCCGUAAUAUUUUUUCAACAAAACAAAAUUUAUCAACUGAAAAAAGAUGACUUCAGCUCAUUUCCAUCUCUGGAAUAUGUUGAUAUCAGUAACAACGUAUUACUUCGUGUGGAGGAUAAAACCUUCAAUAAUUUACCAAAGAUUCAAGACAUUAAAAUGUCAACGAAUUUUAUAAGCAGCCUGUCUUCAAAUAUCUUUAACGCUCUAACUUCACUAAGAGUCUUAGAUCUAAGUGAGAACAUUAUUGGGACCAUUGAGUCAGACACAUUUAGUACGUUACUGAACCUUACCGUGCUGAGUUUGCGUUCAAAUCACAUUGAACGUCUUCAUCCUGACAUCUUCAAGAAUAACACUAAUCUUCAAUAUCUCUAUCUCCAAGACAACCGUAUUGAAGCAUUACCUGAUGGAAUAUUCAGUAACUUAAAAAAUCUCAAAGUAUUGUAUCUCAACGACAACAAGAUUAAGAAAAUAUCAUUUGGGACACUCCAAGGUCUUGUUUCAUUGCAAACACUGUUUCUUCAAAAUAACAAGUUUUCAUUUGUAAACCCCGAAACAUUCGAACAACUGAGGAAUCUGAACAUUCUUAAGCUGGACCACUUCACACUUUGCUGCUAUGCUGUAAAGGCUAUUCCAGGUGUGGAUUGUGACUCUCCUGUGGACGAGUUCUCCAGCUGUGAUGAUUUAAUGAAAAACAAAGGGCUACAGAUUUGUGUAUGGGUCCUUGGAAUGUUUGCUUUCCUUGGAAACAUCGGYGUUAUAAUAUGGAGAGUUUUGUUCCGGGAAGAGAACAAAGUUCAUUCUUAUUUACUGACGAAUCUGGCGAUAUCUGACUUCCUAAUGGGCGUGUAUUUAUUGAUAAUAGCCAUCAAGGAUGCUCAGUGGCAAGGAGAGUACUUCAAGAAAGAUUAUGAAUGGAGGAAUGGAAUUCUCUGUCAAUUAACUGGAGCAUUGUCAAUGCUCUCAAGUGAGGUGUCUGUCUUAAUGCUUACCUUGAUUACCGCCGACCGUUUUGUUUCCAUCGUUUUUGCAAUGAGAUUCGGAAAACUGUCGUACAAAAAGGCAAUAGUAAUGUGCUUAAUAAUCUGGUCAUUUGGACUACUCAUUUCACUUCUACCUUUGUUUGGUAUGACGUAUUUUUACGACACUAAAAGAGACAUGGGAUUUUAUGGCCGUUCAUCUGUGUGCCUUCCUUUGCAACUAUCAUCGUCCCGUCCCGCGGGAUGGGAAUACUCUGUAAGCUUUUUUAUAGCAUUGAACUUCAUUUCUUUUAUGUUUAUAUUUGUUGCUUAUAUAUUGAUGUUCUGGACAGUCAAAAAGGCAUCCAAUGCAGCAAGGUCUACGAAUGCUAAAAAAGAGGCUGCGAUGGCGAGAAAGUUGUUGUUUAUUGUUCUGACAGAUUUCUGUUGCUGGAUGCCUGUUAUUCUCAUAGGAAUCUUUUCUCUUACGGGUGACUUCCAUGACCCUCAAGGACUUGCUUACGUGUGGAUUGCGGUAUUUGUUUUGCCUGUCAACUCGUCUAUCAAUCCGAUUUUGUACACGUUUUCUAAUGCCAAUGUCAAGAAGAAGUUAAUAGAUUAUGGGAAAACGAUGUCUACGGCUAGUUAUGCUAACCACUCAAUGGUGAUUCUUUCUACAGUACGUGAUAAUCACAAUCACCAACAAGAUAGAUCUUCAUCGAACAAAGUUCAUCUACUUGAGAAGAGAAUACAAGCAGCGCAACGACCAAAGGUUCAUUCGAUCUUGAAUAAGAAAAUUGAACCUCUAGUUAAAAAGAGAAAAAUAAAACUUGUCGAGGUAUGCGACAUUUUCACUUCAAUCAAACCAAAAGGAAAGGUUUAUGUCACGUGUUGGAAUGAAACUUCCCAGUCUAUGGGUCUUUUGAAGAUAUUUGCUCCUGGAAAACAUAACGAAUGGAUGAAAGAGAUUAAUGUCUUGAAUCGUAUAAAUAUAGGGAGAGAUCACGAUAAUCUUAUGAACUACAGAUGGCACUCAAAAGUCGACUCGCUAGAAAUUGAUAGCAACAACGUUAGUAUUCCUGGGAUGUCAUUGUCUCAAAACUGUAGAGUGAUCUGCUUCGAUUUUGCUGCUGCAAGCAGUAAAUCGCUUGGCAGGUUUUUGGGGGAGACAGGUUUCAAUGCCAACAUAGAAAGUCUCUUUAUUCUAAGCUUGGAUGUACUAAAGGCUGUUGAAUACCUUCACCAAAAUGAAGUCUGUCAUGGCGACAUCAAUUCUCACAAUAUAGUCAUUGGCAAGUUUAGACGGAUUCCUCCGAUUAAAGCGUUAGUUGGAGGAUUCGACAAGGCUAGUAUUGUGAAGUCCGGCACUAAAGCCGAUGAAGCCUAUAAAUUAGACAUAGUACAAGUUGGCACCCUUAUGAAGCAAAUGCUUGACUCUUGUGGAUAUACAGAAGACUUUCAACAGAUCAGCGUCGUUAUUGAUAUGUGUUUUCAAGAGUCGUUUAUUUGGAAACGAAGAGCUAAAGAAAUCCGUACUCGGCUUGAGCAAAUUUGGAUUACCAGCAAUGAGUGGGAUUCCUGUGUUUGAUUUUAUUUGUCCAUCGUCACAAGGUCAUGAAUCUCCUUUUCGCACAUUACUGAGAACUCACGAUGACGUCAGUCUCCUUUGGGCCACGCAAUCAACGUCAUUUCCGGUUUUGUGUGGAACUUUGCAUGAUAUCGAUUGCGGAUGGGACAGUGUUUGCCCCUAGGUGAAGGCCGGUAAUAAGAUUUAAGCAUGAGAUUCAGUUUGUAAAUUAAAAUGCCAAAUGAUCAACCUAUUUUAAAACUUUACGCGCUAUUUAUAAAACUUGUAAUAAUCUUUAAAGCUAAAACUGAAAUACAGCCAAAGGAAUAUAAGAAAAAAUAAGUGGAUAAAACCAUAACAAGAGAAUUUUGAUAACAUCUUCGUAAUGUUUGUUUAUAUCGAUCAUGAACGACGAGUUUGUUAAGAUCACACACAUCACUGCGCAGUCCUGCUCGCUAAAGACGUUGCUAAGAAAAUAAAAGUAAUAAGCUAUU